AUGGAGAAUAUCAAUAAUGGUGACAAUGAUGUUGAAAAAAUACAUAAUUGCUCAACUGUAAAAAAACUAUUGUCAGAUGGUGCAGAUCCUAAUGUUCAAAAUGAAAAUGGUGAAACUCCAUUACAUAUUGCUGCAAAAAAUGGUUCAUUAGAAUGUAUUAAGAUAUUGUUAAAGUACUUGAGAAUAAAAGCAAAUACUGAAAUUAAAGAAAAUCUUUAUGGCCAGACUCCUUUAUUUUUAGCAGUCAUCGAAGGGCAUGUAGAAGCUGUUAAACUUUUAUUAGAGGCUAAAGCUAAUCCAAACGUUAAAGAUGAUUCUGGAUUAACACCUUAUGCAUAUUCAAUUCUUCAUGGUCAUAUUGAAUUAAAAAAUCUUCUUCAUCCAUUAACUACAAUUUCUGAAUUUGAACCUCACUCAUCAUCACCAACCUCAAAUAACAAAGCAUCCGAUUCUAAACAAUCAUUAUUAGAAGAAGAGGGACAAUAUGUUACUAAAGAAGUUUUAGUUGGCCAUAAGUAUCUAAAAACUCAAUCCAUGAUAAUUGUUACAUUGGGAAAUACUGACAUUCGUAAAGGUGUGACUUCAGUACAAUUAUAUGAUAAAAAGCUACCAUCAUCCAAUCUAUUUUCAUUUGUGUCAAUGUCACUUGUAAUAUCUGCUGAAAAUGCCACUGGUGAACCAUCUGUUGUAGAACUUUCAAGUAUAUCAACAGAUCCUAUAAUUUUUCAUGCAACCAAUCCUGGAGAUGUCAUCUUAACAUUUGACAUAAUGCCAACAUAUGGUGCAAAAAAACAACUUAUUGGACGUGCUACAGCAUUACUAUCAUCAUUUGUUAAACCAUCUUCAUUGUCAUCACCUGAUUCAAUUCAUGCCUCGUUGACAUGCUCAACAACAAUUCCUAUAAUCAGCACUCAAGGACUUGAUUUAAUAGGCGAAGUCAUGUUUGAAGUUUUGGUUGUCAACCCAUUUAAACAUCCUAAAAUGAUGCUUGAUAAAAGAAACACAUUUCAUAGAUCGUUCACCACUACAGUAAUUGGUCAUCGUGGCAUGGGUGCUAAUACUGUUACACCAAGUUUGCAGUUGGGAGAAAAUACUUUAAUAAGUUUUAUCACCGCUGCAUCACUUGGAGCUGAAUAUGUUGAAUUCGACAUACAACUUACAAAAGAUCACGUCCCAGUCAUUUAUCAUGAUUGGACUUUCAGUGAAUCAGGCUAUGAUAUUCCCAUUCAUGAAGUGACUCUUGGACAAUUUCUUAAUUUUAAAAAGAAAGAGCUUUCCUCAAAAGGAAAUGAUAACAACAACAAACUUGAUAUUGAUAAUUUUUUAAUACAAGAUCGUAAAAUUAUUGAAGAAUUCAUUCAUCCAUCAUCAAAUACCAAUAGUAACAACAAUAGUAUUGGUAUUGAUAUUAGUGGUAACAGCAGCAGUACCAAUAAUGCAAUAAUAUUAAAAAAGCAUAAUAGUACAAGUUCUCUUGACUCAUAUAACAAUUUGAAUAUUAAUACUGAAAUAAAGUUUAAAGGUAAUAGUGCCGGUUCAAUUCAAGCACCAUUUGCAACAUUGGCUGAAACUUUUAAGAAAGUUCCCAUCAACAUUGGUUUCAAUAUAGAAGUGAAAUAUCCAAUGAUCGAUGAAUCUGAAUGUGAAAAUUUAUCACCAUUCCAUACCGAAUUGAAUUUUUUUAUCGACACCAUAUUGCAUUGUGUUUAUGAAAAUGCACAGCAAGAUCAUGCUGGAUAUACAAAGAUGGCCGAUGCUAGGUGCAAUUCGAUUCACGAGGCUAUCAAAUUUGCUAAAUUCUUUGAUUUGUCAGGAAUUGUUACGUUAAAUACACCAAUUCUAGAGGCACCUGAAUUGGUCAGGACAAUCAAGAAAACUGGCCUGUUGUUGUUUACAUAUGGAAAGUUGAACAAUAAUGUAGAGAAUGUAAAAUUGCAAAGAAAAGCUGGCGUUGAUGCUGUUAUUGUGGAUUCAGUUUUGGCAGUUAGAAAUGGUUUGCGGAAAAAUGAACACGAGUAA